AUGCUCCCUCAGGAUAUAGGGAAGCAGAAGCCCUGCCGUGUGUCGGACCCGGUGUGCGGAAGCGACUGUCCUCCGGUUCCGAAUCGGCGCGUGAAGAACCGGGAUUUCCCUCUGAACGUGAAGCGCAGGCGGUCCGGCUCCGCACCUGAGCGCAAGGUAAACUGCGUCCUGGUUGGAGACGGAGCAGUGGGCAAGACCAGCCUCAUCGUCAGCUACACCACUAAUGGAUACCCGACAGAAUAUGUUCCGACAGCGUUUGACAACUUUACUGUGAUGGUUGUUGUCGACGGAAAACCAGUGAGACUGCAGCUCUGUGACAUGGCUGGACAGAAAUGGGGGCUUGUUGAUGGAUCAAUCAAUGAUGAGCUGGAGCACAUCCGGCCGCUGUGCUACAAGAACGCUGAUGUCUUCCUCCUCUGCUACAGCGUGGUCCGGCCCUGCUCUUUCCGCAACCUGAUCAACAGGUGGGUGCCUGAGAUCCGUCAGCACUGUCCCGGUGCACCCCUGAUCCUAGUUGGCACCCAGGUGGACCUGAGGGAGGAUGUCCAGGUACUGAUCCACUUGGCUCAGAACCAGGAGCGACCAGUGGGCACAGAGGAAGGCCAGCAACUCACUCAGGAGCUCGGGGCAGUAAGCUUUGCUGAGUGCUCCGCACUGACCCAGAAGAACCUGAAGGACACUUUUGAUUCAGCCAUCUUGGCCAGCAUCCAGCAAAUGGACAUUAGCAGUGUCCAGCAGCCACAGAGGCUCACUCUGAGGAAGAAGACGCCUGAUAAGAUCAAGAGCCUCUCUAAGACUUGGUGGAAGAACAUCAACUGUCUGGUGGGAGAGCAGAGCUGUGAAUUCAAGUGA